AAGCAUUAUAUUACUUAAUUACGAAAUUAAUUAAUACAAUAUUUAAUAAAAAUUAUUUAAAAAUUUAGUAGGAUUUUGUUAGAUUUUUCUCAACAGAUUUUGUUAUAACUGAAAAUAAAAUUCAAAUCUAUAGUUAAAAUUAAUUUAUUAUUAAUAUUCCUAUUAAUUAUUAUGUCAUAUUAUGUGAUUAAUGAAAUGGUCGUAGUAGACUUCUAAAUAGUAGAUAAAAAUGGUACUUCUCUUUUAAUAGAGAAGAAGUAAAAAGUAUAAUUUUUCUAUAUUUUCUUCUAAAAUAGAGGAACCUAUUAUAGAGGCAUACAUUAGAGUAAUCCACCUUUAUAAUAGAGAUUUAUAUUUUAGAGAAAAAUAUAGAGAUAUACAUUGGAGAUGCUCUAACCCUAGGAGUGAUACUUACCAUUUUCAACCCAUUUCUAUAAUAGAGAUCUCUAAAAAAAAAAAAAAAAUAGAGAUGGUGUUUUUGCUCUAAUGUGUUCCUCUAUAAUAAAAGAAUGUUAUAUUUACUUCUAUAAAUAGAUGAAUGCUAUUUUUUCUCUUAAAUAUAGAGGAACAAAUAACAUUCCUCAACACUGGAGACACCUUCGCAUUAGAGUGAAUAAUAAACAAAUUAAUAAGAGAGAUUAGUCUUGUAGUCCACAAAAUGCGACCUAAUUUGUAGAAAAAAUUCAAAAGUCUUUGUGAAAAAUCUAUUUUUAAACUAGUUAAAAUAUAAAUUUAAUUAAUUUUGUCCUAUAAUGUAACUUAUAUGUCAACUGUUGAUCAUUUUUCUCUUAAUAAAUAUAAACGAAUAUUGAAGAGAAAUUGAAAAAAGUCUGCGAUAUUCAGAUUCUAUAAAUUAUAAUACUUUUAAAAAGAAAACAGAAUAAUUCACGAAACUGUGGAGCUGAUUGGGAAUAUUCCCACGAGCAGUGACGUGUCGGCCGACGAUAAGAAACCAGCUCUUCACCGGUGUGAGUGACGUCAUCAAACGCGUAACAUCAGCGCAUGUUAAAAGGUAAGCGGAAAAGACUUCGACUUUCUCCCAGUGCUUUGUGUCGUACAUCGCUCGUUUACUUCUUCAACGUGCUUUUAUUAUUCUACGCCAUGAACUAUUCAAACCAAAGAGAUGAUGAGCUCAUCAUCUUCUAAUACACAAGCUGUACCAUUCAGAGACAUGGCGAUGUAUGAACCGUUCCAACAGUCGACUGGUUGGGAUAACACUUUCAACACCAUAACUAGUAACAAUCAUAACAACAACAAUCAGACUUCUUCCGCAGUUGCUAGAAGAGAAGCAGAUGAUAACAAUAAAGGAAACUACACUUCUUUGUAUAAUAACUCUGUUGAAGCAGAACCUUCUAGUAACAAUGAUCAGGAAGAAGUUCAAAUCAAUGAUAAGGGGGAGACACGGCGUGAUAACAUUAAUUGUUGAUUCAUUCUGUAUCCACAGAUGAAACGGAGAUUGGCUCAGAACAGAGAGGCUGCUCGCAAAAGUCGUUUGAGAAAGAAGGCCCAUGUCCAGCAGUUAGAAGAAAGCAGGUUAAAACUAUCACAGCUCGAGCAGGAACUCGUAAGAGCUAGGCAGCAGGGAUUAUGUGUAACAUCAGACGCUACUUAUCUUGGACCAGCCGGGACCAUGAACACAGGGAUCGCUGCGUUCGAGAUGGAACACAAACACUGGCUAGAAGAACAAAACAAGAGAGUCAGCGAGAUUCGAACCGCGCUCCAAGCGCACAUCAGCGACGUGGAGCUCAAAAUGCUCGUCGACGUUUGCUUGAACCACUACGCCAAUCUCUUCCGCAUGAAAGCUGAUGCUGCGAAGGCUGACGUGUUCUUCUUGAUAUCCGGAAUGUGGAGAACUUCCACCGAACGUUUCUUCCAGUGGAUCGGAGGUUUCCGCCCCUCCGAGCUCUUAAAUGUUGUGAUGCCGUACAUUGAGCCUUUAACUGAUCAGCAACUUUUGGAGGUGAGGAACCUUCAGCAGUCGUCUCAGCAAGCAGAGGAGGCUCUCUCUCAAGGCUUGGAUAAGCUUCAGCAAGGUUUGGUUGAGAACAUUGCUGUUGUUGAGUCUUUGAAUCAUGGGGGGGCUCAGAUGGCUUCAGCCAUGGAGAAUCUUGAAUCUUUGGAGGGUUUUGUGAACCAGGCGGAUCAUCUGAGAAAGCAGUCUCUGCAGCAAAUGAGUAAGGUCUUGACGACAAGACAAGCUGCUCGUGGCUUGCUUGCUUUAGGAGAGUACUUCCACAGGCUUCGUGCUCUAAGUUCUCUUUGGGCAGCUCGUCCACGCAAUUAACAAGUUUAGAAGGCACAAGGAAGAAGAGUCAACCUCAAAUGGUUUUAGCUAGGCAUGUAUGGAGAUGUAGAGUGAUUUGAUUAUCCAUUAGAACAUCAUCUUCCUCAUUGAUGUUUUGUUUGUUCUUGAGAGAAAAUGAAUAAAGAAGAUAUAUAUA